AUGACCAACCCCUCCAGCCACCCCUUCCGUAACCCGCGAAAUGCACGCGUGGGGAGUCGUGGGGGCGGGGACUCCCGGGAAGGAGCUGCACUAACCUCACCCCGGGCCAGGAGCUGGGGGGGCGGCCCGUUAUCGGGGCCACGGAGCCGGGUCCUGAGGCGCCAUACACCCAAGCUCGGUCUUGAGCAACUGGACACGACGGGCUCGACCAUAGACACAGGCCGCAAGCUAGAGCGGUCCCCUUACCCCCACCCUCACCAUGUGACCAGCUGCCAAAGAGGCGCGCGGAAACUGAGUGGGCGGGGCGAGCGCCGGACGUUCAGGGCACGUAACCAGCCGCCCAUGCGCAGAGGAGCGGCCGAGAGUGGCUUUGAAGGGAAGGGAGCGGGCGGGGAUGCGCAGCCGCGGCCCCUUCUCCUCCGCUCCCCCUCCCCGCCCCGCCCCUCCCUCCAUCCCUCACCGACUCCCCGGCUCCUGCCCCGCCCGCCCCGCCCGUCCGCCGCUCCGGGGGGGUCUCCGCCGCCGCCGCCGCCGGAAGGAGCNCUGGACGCCCUGUCGCUCAGCAGCAGCCUAGACAGCGGGCUCCGAACCCCUCAGUGCAGGAUCUGCUUCCAGGGCCCAGAGCAGGGGGAGCUCCUGAGUCCCUGCCGAUGUGAUGGUUCAGUGCGCUGCACACAUCAGCCCUGCCUCAUCCGCUGGAUUAGUGAGAGGGGCUCCUGGAGCUGUGAGCUAUGCUACUUCAAAUACCAGGUCUUGGCAAUCAGCACUAAGAACCCUCUGCAGUGGCAGGCCAUCUCUCUGACGGUCAUUGAGAAGGUCCAGAUUGCUGCCAUAGUUCUGGGCUCCCUCUUCCUCGUCGCCAGCAUCUCCUGGCUCAUCUGGUCCUCACUCAGCCCGUCAGCCAAGUGGCAGCGGCAGGAUCUGCUCUUUCAGAUCUGCUAUGGCAUGUACGGCUUCAUGGAUGUUGUCUGCAUAGGCCUCAUCGUCCAUGAAGGCUCCUCAGUCUACCGCAUCUUCAAGCGCUGGCAGGCUGUGAACCAGCAGUGGAAGGUCCUGAAUUAUGACAAGACUAAGGACAUAGGAGGAGAUGCAGGGGGAGGGACGACAGGGAAACCAGGCCCCAGGACCUCACGGACUGGCCCUCCCUCUGGGGCUACCAGCCGCCCCCCAGCUGCCCAGCGCAUGCGGACGCUCUUGCCUCAGCGCUGUGGUUACACAAUCCUACACCUCCUUGGACAGCUGCGGCCACCAGAUGCUCGUUCCAGUUCCCAUUCUGGCCGUGAGGUUGUCAUGAGGGUCACCACAGUCUGA